AUGGAGCGCCGAUUAAUAUUUCUAUUAUCACUAGUGGGCGCUUGUCUGGGUUUAAGAGUUGCCGUUAUUGGAGAAGGUGUAAUUGGUCUUAGCACAGCUUUGCAUAUAAAAGAACUGUCACCAGACGCUGAGAUCACAAUCUUCCACGAUCGUCCAUUCAAUGAGUCCUUGUCCAAAAAUAUUGCCGGUUUGUUCCGUAUCGAUAAUGGAGACUAUAAGGAAUAUGGAAAUGCCACGUUUUCACAUCUAGCAAAGUUAUGGAGAACGGUUGGUGGUUUGUCCGGCGUUCAACUCAUUUCCGGUCACAUUCUCUCGAAAAAGAAGGAUGAUCUUAUCAAACAGGCUAACAACUAUGCUGAUAUAGUAUACAACUUCCGCUACCUAGAAGAUUGGGAAAUGCAAUCACAAUUUGACUUGUCCAAUGAUGAUGGUACCACGGAAUGUAUCCACUAUACAGCUUACACAUCUGAAGGAGGCCGUUACUGUCCGUUCCUGAAAGAAGAGCUGAUAAAACUUGGCGUAAAAUUCCACGAAAGAAAUGUCACUUCUCUUGAUGAAAUUGCAGAAGAUGGCUAUUCUGUAGUAGUGAAUUGUGCUGGCAUCAAUGGAGGUAAAUUAGCUGGAGAUGAUUACGGUGUUUUCCCCAUCAGAGGAAUUCUUCUUAAGGUUGAUGCUCCAUGGCAGAAACAUUUCCUUUAUCGCGAUUUCGGAACAUUCACAAUUCCUAUGAUUGAUUCUGUUGUCGUUGGUACUGUCAAACAGGAAAAUGGUACAGAUCCUUUGUUGUCUUCUGAGGAACAAGCUGAAGUUUGGGGUCGCUACACAGCUUUACAGCCAUCCUUCAAGAAUGUGAAAGUCAUCGGAAGUUAUGUCGGUUUCCGACCAGGACGUGAAAAGAUCAGGGUUGAAUCUCAAUUGCGAAUCACGAAAUCAGGAAAAGCUUACAAAGCUGUUCACAACUAUGGACAUGGUGGAAAUGGCUUUACCUUAGGCUGGGGAACUGGCGAGCAUGCUGCCCGUUUAGCGUUAGAACUGCCUACUGAUAGAUAUGACGCUUCACUGAAACAUAAGAGUUUGCCAUCUGAGGAAGUAGCUCGCAGGAGAUAG